AAAAAAACUAAUCCAAUUCUUUUAUCAUUAGAAGAACCAGAGAAAAAAAAAUUGAAGUUUUCUAUUGACGACAUUGAGCCGCAAGUUCUUGAAAAGACUUUCACCAAUUUUGGCAUUCAAGUAGAUUUGUUUGAAAAAGCUUGUGUUGAUUUUGAAUCCCAA